AUGGACUUCCUCACGUACCUUUGGUUCCUCACCACCAGUGUCAUGUUGAUCCACCAGCAUCAAGGUAACCUGUACAUGGAGCUUCAUGCUGAACCUCCUCUCUCACGAGCCCCCCAGAGGAGGGUCUCCCAGUGGAGGAGGGCCCCACAGCUGAGGAGGGCCCCACAGCGAAGGAGGGCCCCACAGCGGAGGAGGGUCUCCACAGCGGAGGAGGGCCCCACAGCGGAGGAGGGCCCCCUGGUGCAGCUCCCCCACGCGGCCCACCGGCGAGAGAAGCGCUGCUCCUGCGAGAACCAGAAAGACAAGGAGUGCAUCUUUUUCUGCCACAUCGGCAUCGUCUGGGUCAACACGCCGAGCCACCUGGUUCCUUACGGGUUCGGGUCGGCCCGACUGAAGCGGGAGGUCCAACGCUGCUUCUGCAAACGCACACGAGACCACGAGUGUGUGAGAUUCUGCUCCCUGCAGACGCACACAGAAGGGGACAACGCAGACCGGACCAAGAGAUGCACUGCUGCAUUCUGGGAGAAAAGGAGCAGACGCACGCUCAAACCCCACACCUGAGCCAGUGUGUGUCUGUUUGUGUGCGUGAUGUAAAUGUACCACCUCUUAUGGACUCUUUUUCGGUCCUUUUAGGGCCAAAAAAACAAUCUGUCUUUUGAAGAAGGUUAUUUUAAGAAAAUAAAACACACAAGAACAAAGAGGAACAAGUUCUUUGUUUUACUAGAAAAUGAAGCUUUUCCUUUUCUAGAAAAAGAUAAUAGUUUUAUUAUGACUUGUUGCUGCAUAUGUUCAGCUUUAUUCUUGACUAUUACAAUUUGAUUGUAAGAUUGAAGCUUUAAACAUAAAGAUGUAAACAGAAAAACUGUAUUUUGUAAAAUGUUAACAAUGUUGAUUGUUUACGCUGUAAUAUGACGUACUACACGAAGUACAACUUCCUCUUCAAAUAUUCUGAUUUUAUGUGGUAUAUAUUUGUACUCUGCUCAACAGAAUAAGCUUUUAUUGUGACGAGUAUAAAGUGAGAUACUGUCACUAAGAACACACACAUGAUACAGAUGUAAUCUCUUUUCAUGUCUUAUUGAUACUUUAUUCAUUCCACACGUCAAAGAGAAAUAUGGAUUCUCAGAAUAAUAUCCCAAUGACAUCAUCAGCACCUCCCUGCUACCUUUGGCCUUUGAGCAGGGGGGUGAAACGUCUCUUCACAGCCUCAUGAAGAGAUAAAGUCCUGGUGUGAGAUGAUCACUGAUCCACCAGCUGGGAGUAACGGUGCAGCCAAAGCCUGAUGGGAGUUGUAGUCCUCAUCAGAAGGACGAGGUCAUCAGCCGACAUUCAAAGGGUUCUGUUGUUGAAUAUGUUGCAUGUGUGUGAACCAGGAACAGAACUUGUCUGUUCGUUUGGGGAAAAACGUCUCGUAUGUACGAAUGUUGAUUGUUUGAUUGCAGGAUAUUUAUUAUUGUUAAAGAUGUUUCAAUCACAUUAAAAACCACCAACGCCUGAUUGUA